UGUAUGAUAGGGAUGAUGUGAAUAGUGGGGGGAUGAAGAUGUGAGCCCUUUAGUGAUGGGAUUAGCGUGAGGAGUGGAGUAAGAAAGUGUGUAAUAAAGAGGAGAGAGGGAGGAGAAUAGAACUUGCGAGUCGUCCCUCACCUCGAUGCUAGGUGUCGCUCUACAUCUGCAAACUUUUUUAUUUCCGCUGUUGUGGCGAGAGAUGAGGGUCGGACCUAAGGAGUCGUCACCUUCGAAACUGAGGAAUUACCCGUUAUCUAGUAGUAGUGGAGGUAGUAUUAGCAGUGGUACUACAGCAACGACUGCUACUACUGGAAAUGUACCAGUGAACGUUUACGUCGAUGACAAUGAUGAUGACGAUGAUAUAAUGUCUCUCAAGAAGCAAGCAUCAACUGUUGAAGAGAAUCAUAUGGAUGAUAGCAAAACUCGAAUCCGACAGUCUGAUGAUCAAGAUCGUUGUACCAUCUGUUUACGCAAUGUUCUUCAUUGUUACAAUGUUUUUAUUCUGAUAUUAGGCUGUGGUGCCUUGGCAGUUGGAAUUUGGUACUUGGUUACGGAAUACAGUGCACGAGAAGUAUCUGUAGUAGUUGGAGAAGAAUGGUUCGAAGUAGCAACAUACCUCUUGAUAGGUGCUGGUGGCACAAUAGCGCUGCUGGCGUUUUGUGGCUGCUGUGGUACAAUGAGGGAGGAUAAAUGUGUGCUAGGCUUUUAUAGUGGAACACUGUCUUUUAUGCUGCUGUUUCUCACUGUUUCCUGUGGGAUGGCAUUUUACUUCAGAAGACAGGUAGGUGAAAUUGUAACCAAAGACAUAGUGAAACACAUGACCAACACUAUAGAACAACAGUAUGGUCUGGACACACGGACAAACUCUAAUAAUAAACUGGUUACUGAUGCCUGGGAUUCAUUACAGAGGCAGCUGCAGUGUUGUGGAAUCAAAGGGGGUGAAAAUAGUUCCUUCUCGUGGAGUGUGUAUAAACUACGAAGUGAAUGGUACCGCCGCAAUCCAGAGCAAUCUCCAUACGUGCCAAGAAGUUGUUGUAAAAAAGACUCAAAUGAGAAACGGUGUACUGGUGAAAUCCGAAUGAGGGCACCACCUGCGCUAGGACCACCCAUAGGCAAAAAUGACCAACGAAAUGAUGACUUAAAUACCGAAGGUUGCCUGGACAAAAUACGGGAACACUUGAUCAAAAGGGCUAUAAUUCUUGGUUUAGUUGCUGGCUCUAUUCCAAUAUUAUUAGCCGUUGGUAUUUGGUGUCCUGUUGUUUGUGUUUCCGAGUUCGGCAAAAUUCAGAAGAGGAUGAGAUUGAUCUAUAAUAGUAGGAGCUUGCUCCUGACACACCUUCCAUUGACUCUUAACUCAUUAAAAGCAAAAGCAGAAAAAAAUAUGUCUACUAAAAGCUAUAUAGAGAGCCGGUUUCUAUGACGAUCAUCACCAGAAAGUGUUAAAAAAUGAGAUCGUAACACCCAAAUAUGCUAAAGUGAGCGAUUCAUCGUCGUUGUCUCCCUCCAGUAUUUUUAUGAGAAACAAACAAACAAAAUGAGCAGGAGAGCAAGAAAAAUUCAACAUGAUGGGGAGGAGAUGAAUAUAUGGUUGGUUAGUCUUUGAAAAAUGCCGGUAAAUGUUUGUUUUGGACCAUUUUUAGCCCAAGAACAAAAUGAAAAAACACACCAAAAGACUCGUUCUUUGAAGAAGAGCAGAAGUGGUCGUUCUCAGAAAUUCUUGCUUGUCUUCUCAACAUUAUUCUCUCAUUCUCAUAUUUCCUUUUGAAACAUUU